AUCUCUCUACUGCUUCAUGUGUCUGGUGAAGCGACCUCCACGAAAGCUUAUGCCUUAAUGAAUGCAAUUAAGGCAGCUGUCAGCCUCAGGAGGCCGCUUGACAACCGCCUAGCGAUUCCCAAACGCCCCGCGAGGGGAUGGAUUGCAGUACAGUACUGCGUGGGGACAGAAUCAGGAGGCGGAACGCUUCGGCGCGGGAGUUGAUUCCCGGCCGGGCAGCUUUGGCUGAGGCGCCGCAGUGGCUGCGGGGGAAGCUUCCGCCUGACGCGCAGCAGCGGCGCCGGGGUUACGGUCGGCGUCGGUUUCGGUCGGCGGGGGGCGCCAAGCUGCGGAAGAUGUUGCUGGUCCUGUCGGAGGAGCAUAAGGAGCACCUGGGCUUCCUUCUCCAGGUGGAGAGCUCAGGUACGAGCGAAAAGACAUUCGGGUUAGGAUUGCAGCCCAAACCUACCCCCCUUUUUGGGAUGCGCGCAUUUACCUGGUGACACAUCCCACCGAAGUCGACGGGGCUUUCUUCUGACGUGAGUUAGACACGGGUCAGGAUUGCCCUGCCGGUGUUAAGCCCCGUUUCUUUCAACGGGAUUUGCUCCCAGGCAAGCGUUUAGGGGAUCGAGCCCUAAAAAGUAAAAAAAAACCCCUCAACUCUUCGAGAUUAGGGGAUAAAAGCUGCAGUGCUUUUCUUUCUUUUUAGGGGUGGUGGUGGCAAAUAACACCUAUUAGUCUUCCAAAUUUUUGACAAACCAACGCCAAAUUACAUCGAAUUUGAUAGAGGAUAAAACGCUGCAGCCCUAACCCCAGCGACUGUGCUUGGCGAAUUGUUCCCAAUGUCUAAACCUUUAUGUCCAGUGGUUGGCCUAUACUUUUUAAUUUAUUUGCUUUUGGAUUUAUUUUAUUUUCUACUUGUGCCACUAAAUAUCGGACAGUUCAGUAAUCUUAUUGUAGAAGAAAACGCACAGUACUUAUAAACAUUGCAAACAUGAAGAGGAAAAAAGAAGAGAAAGGGUAGUUUUAAAUUUUAUUUUUGUUUAUUUAGAGAGACCUUUAAGUUAAAGCAGUAUUUUAUCAUUGGCUACUUUUUAUUUUUCAGCGUAGUUUUAAACAAAUGAGACUGUAAUUUUGAUGGUGCUAUACAAGUAAGAGAGAAAACGUACAUGCCUGCCUCGUAGGGAAGUUGUAACUUUCAGUAAUAUGUAUAUUUUAAACAGUGUUCAACAUUUUGUGAAUGUUGACCAACUGACAUUCAUUUUUAGAUGUGCUAUUAACAUGCAGUUGAGUUGAAAGUUUAAUAUUUUGUUGGAAGCCACCCAGAGUGGCUGGGGAAACCCACCCAGGUGGGUGGGGUAUAAAUAAAUUAUCAUUAUCAUUUUAUUUAUUUAUUUAAAAAUAUUUGUGUAGGUCAACUGCAUGCAUACACAAACACGCACACUGUAAAAACCACUUCAAGAAAUUAAAGCAGGUAGCCCGCCAUGACUGAAAAUGCUUUUCUUGAAUGGUUGGCAUAGGAAAAAUUUUCAGCCAACGCUGCAAGGUUGAGAGAAGAAUCUCUCUUGGAAGAGCCUCACUCCAAAGCGCUGGGCCGAGUUCAGGCCAUUGAAUUCGGUGGGAUUUGCUGUCUUAGAAGACAUGGUUGGCAUUGCAGCAUUAUCCUCAGUGGCGGACUUCGGUCUUUCAAAUUUUAGUGGCAUCCUAGGUGAUGCCAAAAUUCGGCGUCUCUCCCCCCCCGCUCCAUCUCUCGCCCUCUGUGGCAUCAUUGUGGCAAAGGUAACCACCAACCUUCUGAUCGGCAAGCCCAAGAAGCUCAGUGGUUUAGACCACAGUGCCACCCGCGUCCCGAUUAUAUCAUUGUGGUACCCCUUGUGGUGCCCUCUUGGUUCAUCACCAACUGUGGGAAACUGGUCAUGCUUCCCUUAAAUCCGCCUCUGUUGUCCUAUACAGCACUUAAGUGUAGUUAUACCAAACUGAUACAGUUUGCACAAUAAAUCUAGCUUCAUUUCCCCUACAGUAUUGCAGUUGUAUGUAAUAGAAAUCAGCACUGAUUUGUGAAUAAAUUUGUUCACUUUACAAGAUGUUUCAGGUUUGGGCCUGCGUGGAGCUGAGACUUGCUUCCUCCCCACCUCUAUAUGUUUGCUUUAUGCAUUUUCUGUGUGAGCUUAUGAUUAGCUACAGCUUUUAAUAGUAAAUAUUUAAGUAGGACUUUGGAGCUUUCUAAGUGCUUCACAUACUUUGUCUUAGUAGUAUUUACAGUAGUCCUAUAACAUAGGUCUUUAUUAUUACGCUCCAUGUUGUGGAGGAAGCCCAAGGCAGCAAACACACAGCUGGGCUGUGACCCCCACAUUCAUAGAGCAGAGGUAACAUUUCAGUUAGUAACUUCUCAGUUCACAUUCUCAGAUUCUUAACUAGACAUUAUUGGGCAGGCAGGUGUGGCUGUCACUGGCAUGUAUCUCCCUGUUAAAACAUGCUGAGACAUCAUCUCACUUGGUAUUUCCCUGCCACAAUUCACUAGCUCCUCCUGCCUGGUAGUGGGGAGAUGUCGAACGUGGUGACAUCAUAUGUUCUCAGGCAAAUAUUUAGAGAUGGGGGUCUUCAGCAGCCCCAUGUCCCCUGUAACAGCAACUAGGUCUUUAUAUAUUUUUAGUAAGCAAAACCUAUGUGCCAAUAAAUAAAUAAAUAAGUGGUUUACGUAAAAUAUUGUAAAAUACUAAUUUUAAAAAUAGAGAUUAAAAACACAUAAUAAAAUUAUCCAAAUACAGGUAAAACCAUCAAUCCUUAGCUGCUACACAAUGGAAAUCUCACAACUGUAUAACAAAAAAUGCAUUUCUUUACAUUCACAAGGAUCAGAAAUUUAGGAUGCACGCUUUAGUACUGUGCCCAUCCCUGCUGACUUUUACUACCAUAAAAACUGCCGUGUGGAAAUUAAAAAAAUGGAUUCACAAUUUACAGUAGGCUGAGAUAAGCCGUAUUAAGUUGAGAUACUCCUAAUGAAGUCUGGUUUUCUACAACCAAGCCAUCAUCUAGUUUCCUGGUUCUGUAAACAAAUCUUUUUUUCUUUUCAGUUGUCAAUGAAUUCUGCAAACAAAUCUUCUUUCUUUUCAGUUGUCAAUGAAUUCUGCAAACAAAUCUUCUUUCUUUUCAGUUGUCAAUGAAUUUGGCCGUAUUGCACUGGAGUUCCUAAGAAAAGGCACAAACCCAAAAAUCUACGAAGGAGCAGCAAGUAAGAAUUUGAGAAGUGUGGUUAAAGGGCAGUAUUUUCCAAGGGCCUUGAAUCAAUACACUGCUAGACAUCGGCCCAAUUCAGAGGUAACAAUGUUGGUCCUGCAAAAAUUAUAUGUUGGACCAAGAAUAGCUGUGUUUUCACACAAAGGUAAACUAAGGUAGUUGACUCAGUUAACCAAACUGUGUGCGUUGCUCCUAAUUGCUUGCUUCGCUCCUCCCCCGGUAAGAGCAUGUAUAUAAACCAGGAGGGGAAUAGCUUACUGCUUUAGCCAUGCCUGACAUUGUGGUUUGUUUAAAGCAGGGUUGGGAAAUCUUUUUGGCUCCAUGGGCCAGAUCCUUAUCAGCAUCAGCCUCAGUGACCAAAUUUGAAAGGUGAGCAGGGCCACCCACCUGUCAAUUACACUGUGUCAUUAUGAUGUCACAUGGUUGACAGAUGGGCAGUCAAAAUCCCUUCCUGGAGUGAUGUUAAAAUGAGGCAGGUGAGAAGCACUUCAGAAAGCAAUCUGCCUUGUUGAGGGCUUACUGAUUAAGAAUUUUUUGGAGUCAAAUAUAUCAUCAUCUUUGAUUUGAAUGGAACAUGAUGACACCUGUAGCUUCCUCCAGUUAUUACAAAGCAGCAACAAAAUUGAAAUAAUUCCCUGCAGAUUUGUCAGGCUGUAGUGCCUGUGUAAGGUCAACUGAAAUGAACUGAGCUUUCAUUGGUGCAGAUGCAACAGAUUGCGGGUUGUUGAUGUACAAGUCAAUCUGUGUCUUUAGAAAACAAAUGGUGCUGUCUUAGCACUGUUUGCCAUGAGAAUGUAGAGGAGGAAUAGUGGCAUGUUUGAAUGCUUCUAUGUGAAAUUUUUUUUCUUUUAGACUCCUUCUCCCAGACACAAGUUUUCCACAGGUGUGGAAUUUUGACAGAGGGAAACAUGGAAUUAUGCUGUCUCCAAGUGGCAUUCUUAAGUGGCACAGUCCUUGGAGCACUGUGUCACUUACUUUUCUGAACAUAUAGGUUGGUCCUGGGUCUAUAUUGUUUUUCUCAAAUAUUUGUUAAGAUGAUGCUUGUUUACAUUUUCCCCCCUAAUAGAUUCUGAAGAGACAGCAGCUGUAGUACAAAAUGCAUCAAAGAUUAGUUAAGUCUACAAUACAAGCACUAUUUACUAAGGCCUCUGAUCUCCCAUAAUCGUCAUGUACACAAGUGGAAUAUUCUAAGCUAGAGGCCUCUUUUUGCCUCUACUUUCCGUUAUUAUAUACCAUAUAUUGUAAGGAUAUGCAGACUAAGUGUGCUUAGAUUUGCAACCUAUUUUUAUUUGAGAUUUACUUGCAUGUAUAUUGUAUUGGAUCAGAUCAGAUCCCUGUUUGAUGUUUUCUCAUCCCGUUUUUCAGGAAAACUUAAUAUUAGUAGUGAAACAAUUCAGCAUGGUGUAGAAGGAUUGACAUACCUUCUCACCGAGAGCUCAAAACUCAUGGUAAGUGUAACUCACAGUGCUCUUUGUGAGCUAGGCAGAUGCUUUGAACUUCUUACUUUCUUGGAUAUGUGGGUUGGGGGCAGCGGUGGCGGGGUGUGUGUGUAAAUAAAGGUCACAGUUGAAAGCUCAGGAAAACUCAUAUUUUGCUGCAUCCUCCAUAUAGUGUUGCCAACUUCUUUUAUAUCAGUCCCUUCGCUGCUUAUCAGCAGGUGUUAAUGCUUAUCUCCACAUCAUGAAAACUUCACCUGCUGAUUUCUACCGAAGUGGAGUGGAGGCGGCAAGAGAAAGAAACACUGACAGGACCAAGACUUAGUACUACUUUGGAUACCAGCUUUCAAAAAGAUAAAGCCAUUUUAUAAAAUCCUAUGUAUAUUAAGAGGAUUAAAUCUGAAAAAUUCAGUCGGUUUCUUCUGUAUGAUUAGGUUUAGGUUUUAUUCUAGUUUCUGCCCAGUGUAUCAAAAUGAUCAUCUGACCAUGGAUGUCAUAAAUGAGAUGCAUCAUAUACACAUUUGGAAUAGGAGGGCAUGUACACAUUGUAAACUGUGGGUAGUAUCCAGUGUUGGAUAUAGAAUAGAGCCGUUCAAACAGGGUGGAUUUGAUUUAAAUCAAAUCGAUUUAAAUCACUAGUAAGUAAGACUUGAUUUAAAUCAUUUUUUAACAUUCCUGCUGGUAUAAUCUUAAUAUUUACAACCAAAUGAAGGUUUCAUUUUUGGAAUGAUAAAUUUUCAGAGUAGUUUUUACAGUUAUAUCAAAAAUUACUGAUUUGGUUAUACUAUUAGAAAUACAAAGACAGGUAAUUAUGAAAUUAUUGUUUAUAUUUGGACAACUUUUCUGCUGUACUUUAUUGGAAGGAGAAAAAUAAUCAUUUCCUUAAUAACAAUUUAAACAAUUUAUUUAACUAAAACAAUAACAUUAUAGCAUAUGUAUCCAUGUUUGUUAACUGAUGUGGUUAAACAAUUUUUUUUAAAAAACACCUUAGACUGAAUUUUAGCACACAUCAAAAACUUUAAACAAAUCCUUGUUUCCUGAUGAAUAGCCUUUGGACUACAAUGUAACUUAAAUAGAAAACGUAUCUUUAGAAAGAUUUUCCUUCCAAAAGCAUUUUAUUUCAAAAAUCUGAUUUAAAUCAAAAAAAUCCGAUUUAUUUUUAUUUAUUAUUUUUUUAAAAUCAUUGAUUUUUAUCCACCCUGCGUUCAAAUCAGUGGACAUAAAUAACCUUAGAGUAUGCUUUAAUUGGAUACCACCCAAUAUUUCUGUAAAUGGUGUUGCAUUAUGAAUGUUGUGAAUUACUUUCUAUGUUGGCCUCUGCUUCCUUUUUCUAUUUGGUAUUAAUAGACUGCAGUCAAUCAAUUCUUACUAAAUGAUUUCCUUUCACACAUAUUUCACAGUUGGAAAUGCAAUCCUUACACAAAUUUACAAAGACUGUGAGCAGAGGAAGGGCCAUCGCUCAGUGGCAGAGCAUCUGUUUUGCAUGCAGGCUUAAUCCCAGGCAUUUCCAAGCAGGGCUGGGAAAAGGCUACUACUGCCUGAACCCUGGUGAGCUGUUGCCAGACAGUGUCGGCAAUCUGGAGGCAGAUGGACCAAUGCUGCAACUCACUAUAUGGGAGUUUCCUAUGUUUGUAAGUAAAACAGUAAUAGAAGCAAUCAGGAACUCAAAGAUUCUAUUUUUAAUCUUUAGAUAUCGGAGAUAGAUUUCCAAGACUCUAUACUUGUACUAGGAUUCUCUGAAGAAUUGAAUGCUGUAUUGCUUCAGCUGUAUCUUGACAAUAGGAAGGAGAUCAGAAGUAUUCUUACUGAACUAGCACCGAAGCUGCCUAGUUAUCACAGUCUUGAAUGGAGACUAGAUGUGCAGGUAAGGGUGAAAAUCUUUAUAGCGCUGUUUACAUUUGGCAUGACACAAACUGCUAAAGGCAAUAGUUUCAAAAUUACAGCGGUAGCAGUAGUAUUAUUCAUACACAUGUUUGCGUACGGUUAUUCAUGAUAGAACAGUAGAAAGCGACCUGCACAGUUAGUAGCCCAGUGAUUUACCAGCACAAUGCAGCCUACUUCUUAGGCUUUCAUGUACUUUGAAGCUGUACUUUAAUAUUAAGACAGAAUUUCCCAUCUGUGUAUCAGAACUAGCUCAGACAGUACGCCAGUGUUCUGUCUGGUUACAGACAAUUGUAUUGACGUUUUAUGGAACUGGAACAUUGAUUUUGAAAGCAGCAGCUUGUUGCUAAAAUUUGCCAUUAAAAAAAAUGAAAAAUUAAAUCAGAGGACAUUUAACAAGCUAUUGAAAAUGUAGCUUAACAAAAAAAAAUUAAAACAGAAUUAAGAAACUGGGAAAAAUGUCGACUUUAACAGAGCCAGUAAGAGGUCAAGUAUGCAAACUAGUCUGUAUAAUAAAAAUCAGCAAACAAAUUGUGUGGAAAGUUAUUUGUGAGCUGAGUGCAAGGGUGACUCGCAUACAUGUACAAGCACAUAGGUGUACAGCCCCCCUUAAAUGUUCACUAUCACCUUAAGCAUUUUACCCUGCUCUUUAGCUGAAAAGCUUCCAGAAUAUCUUACAUAAAGUCAGCAAAAGCAAGAAGGCUCUCACCUGCAUAUGUAGGUACUCUCAAACAAGUCCCCCAACCCUAUGAAAGGACUUGUGAUCUUCCUCAGAUCUUCUCAUCUUCCAUAUCCUCCUUCCCACCUCCUUUAUGUUACUGACUCCAUGCUAGUAUGCAGCCUAUUAUGAACCUGUGGCAACUGUAGCUGGCCAGGCAGGUGAGGGGAGUGAUCCGUGUUCCAACCUUCCCUGGGCUGAGUUUAGUCUUAAGCCAGAAAUUGCCAACCAAAGGCACUGAUCUGUUUUUGAAAAUGUUUAUCCAUUUCAUCUUGUUCCUCCCACACCAGAAGAGGCCUAAUAGGGAGCAUUUCAUGUGGUUAGUCAAGCUCAAAAAAUAACACUAGUUCCUGGAAUUCCCCCCCCCCCAAGUUUAGUUUAUUUGGUCUACAGACCAUAAACUUCAGAUACAGCAUAGGGUUAUCAAGACAGCUGCAGUGGGGUGGGAGACUAUUUGCAUGUACACCAGUUGUGCCUUUUAAAAUAAGAGUAUUACAAAAUCCAUGAACAAUCAAAAAGUAAUAUUUUAAAAAUGCAGGCAAUUUGACUCAAAAUUCAUCCUCCCUUUGUGGCCUAGUUUUGAUGGCUACAGUAAGGAACUUGGCUAUAUUUUCAGUAAUCAUGGGGUUGGAGUCUGCCAUGAAAAUUGAAACAUAAAAUUAAUCUGAAUUCCUCAAGUAUAAGGAAAGUACUGGGGAAGUAAAUCAGAAUCCUACAUUUCUAGAAACAUUACAAUAUAGAACGAAGUCUUCAAUGUAGGCAAAGCUUAUUUACCUUCAGCAAUUUCGGCUGCCCCUGGCUUUGCUUGAUAAAUAUGCUGCUUUUGGCUAAAAUUUGUUUAUAAAAAAUUUAACACCUUUGGCUAUUUACUACCCCAUCUUCUGCCGCUGGGAUUAGAAAAUGCAUGCAACUAGUAGCAUUAAACAGAGAUCUCUAGAUCUCAGUUUAUAAAUUUCAUUAGCUUGGGCAAAAGGGAUUUCUUCACCACUGUACCUUGGGUCUACAACCUAGCACUGAUUUUCUUCUAGACACAGAAGUGUAUUUUCAGCAGUUAGGUUCAGUGCUUUGCCACCAGCUGUUAUGGAAGUUCUAUUUACCUGGCUGCCUUGGCACUUAAGAAUUUGACUUUGCAAAAGUGGCUCAGUUGAAACAUUAUCCCAUGUAAUGUUUAUAGGAAUAUAAGACCCUGAUUUAUUUCUCCAGUAUUUCCCUUACACUUGGGGAACUCCAAAACUAGGCCACAACUGUUAAAGUAAAGGUGAGUUAGGAAUCAAAAUUGUUGGUAUUUUAAAUUUAUUUUUAUGAUACAUUUGAUUGUUCAUGGGUUUUGUUUUACUUUAAAAGGCCAAAAUUAUAACAAUGAAGAUAAUAGUGUUUGGUUCUUAUUUUAGUUCCUAACCCAGUAUAUCCAAUUGUCCUUCUGAAUCAAGGGGUGGAUAUCAUAAUGUAGUAGGUACACACUGUAAAAUAUAUCUAUAUUUCCCUGUUGAAUUAUGAAUGCUGAGAAUUAGAAUGCUUUUGUUAAUUGCUAUUCUUAGCACAUCUCUUCAUUUUAAAUCUUACUGAGUUUUCUUUUCCUCACCUCACUAUUUACAUAGCUUGCUAGCAGAAGUCUGAGACAGCAAAUUAAGCCUGUUGUGACUCUGAAGCUCCACCUUACUCAGAAUGGAAACCAAACUACUCAAAUAUUACAGACCGACCCUGCGACGUUGCUUCACCUGAUUCAGCAACUGGAACAAGCUUUGGGAGAAAUGAAAACAAAUCACUGUAGACGAAUAGUGCGUAACAUCAAGUAGUAUUUGCCAUCUCAGUAAACAUAUGGAAACCAGUGUCGCCAAACAACAGUGCAACUGGACCUGUCAAAAACUUUUCCUCGGCCAAGUUCUUGAGAUUACAUUUAAGGGCUGAAUUUGCUUGGGUGCUAAUCUAGUAAUAAUGUCAGAUGCAAGUUGGAAUAAUCAUCAUAAUCUAACCAGACAUCAAUAUUAGUUGAACAUGUAAGCUUUUCUAAUUUUAUGUACAGCUGCCUUUUGCAUAAUGUGCUGUACAGCUUAUUGGUAUAAUGACCAAACAUUUUUCCUUCUUAUCUUUUCUGAUCUGAAUAAAGAAACAUAUACAGUAAUAUUUUA